UGAGUUAUAUAAUCAUGAACUAGCAUUCACAACGUGUAUAUUGAUCAUCCAUCAAACAAGAGACAUAUCCAGUGAAAAAAGUGAUCUAGUGCAUGUUAUGAAUCUCAAAAGCACUGUUGAUCAGACAUUGAGCAUGAGCACAACCAAAAGUGAAACUCCAUCUGAAGAAAAGAAAGGUGGCAGAAUGAAAAGGCACUCAGAGAAGACAGAAGAAGAAGAAGAAGAAGUAAAACCCUCAAAGAAGAAAGAGCAAAGCCACAAGCAGCAGCAGCAGCACCACCACCACUCAAUUUCAAAAUUUCCUUCAGCUCCAACCCUUCAAGACUCGUUCAACAACUCUCACAGCAACCACUCUUUCAGCGACGGUGACCUUCAGAUGGUGGUGGCUAACCACUCUCAGUCCAUGAGUGAUGAUGCCAUCAAGGUCGUGAAGGAGGCAGUGAAUAAGAGUAUCAAGAGUGUGGCAGUGAUGGCUGUGGAAAAAGUUGAAGAAGGGGCACAUGAUGCUGUUGCUGAUGAUGAUGGAGUGUCCAAGAAAGUGAGUACGUGGUACAUUGUUCUUCUCAGUCUGAGAAUUGCUGCUUUUGUGUUCUGCAAGUUAGCAUUCUCUGUGUUGGCUUCUGAUAGAAGGAAAAAAGUGCAUCAAGCACCAUCAAGAAGAUGGGAUGAAUCACCGCCAGACACGUGGUAUACUUUUACCUAUGCAACACCAUUAUUAGACUCUGAUGAAUUACAUUGGUAUCAGUUUCAGGAAUUCAAGUUCUGUUUAUCAGUGAAUGUGAUAGGAUUUGUGUAUUCUGCAUUACAAAUAUUUGAUCUUGGAAAGUACUUCGUCACAAAACGACACACAAUCGAUCCCAAACUACGUGGUUACCUCAACUUUGCUAUUGAUCAGGUCAUGGCCUAUCUUCUAAUGUCGGCAUCAUCUUCAGCUGCGACCACAGCACAUUAUUGGGCAAACGAAGUUUCAGAUGGAGACAAGUUCUUGGAAAUUGCGAAGGCAUCUGUUGCUUUAUCCUUCAUUGCGUUUGUGGCCUUUGCAUCUUCUUCUAUUGUUUCAGCUUUCAUCUUUUGCAGAUUCAACUAGUUUAUCUAUCUAUGCAACAUUACUCUAUAUCAUAAUUAUAUGACAUAGUCAUGAAGUGUCAGCUGCAUGUCUUUGAUGAAGUUUUAUCACUUCUGGAUAAUCAAAUGCUCAAAUUUUCAAAAGCAAAUCUCGUUAUGGUUUUCUGCUUUCUGGUUUAAGAAGAAAAUGAA